ACUUUUCUCGCAGAAGAACUUUAUACAAUUUUAGAGCGCUUUUGCGAUACAAAAACAAUAAUAAUCAUGUUUUGUGUAUCUUUCUGCUUUGAACAAUAUGGAAAUUAAUAAUGAAAAUUAUAUUAAGAAACAAGUCAUUCAACUUAAGCAAAUCAAUGGUGUAACAAGACAAGCAUUCCUUGAUGAAGUAUACCCGAAACGAGUUCCCAUGAUUUUCACGGGGUUGGAUAUUGGUCCUUGCCGUGAGAAAUGGACGACAGACUACCUCGCUCAGUUUGGUGGAUCAGCUGAUGUUAAAAUCCACGUUUCAGCAUCGCACCAAUUAGAUUUUAUCAACAAGAACUUCUUAUACCGGUCUCUCCCAUUUGACAAGUUUGUGAGGAGAGCUGCUAACGAAGAUAAGCAGUUUUUCCUGUGUGAGAAUGAAUGUUAUUACUUAAGAGCUCUUGGUGACGAUCCUCGGAAAGACAUUGCGAAGAUCGACAAACAGUUUCCAAGACUAGCACAGGACAUAGUCUUUCCAGACUUCUUCGAUGGAGACUCAGUCUUUUCAAGCGUUUUUCGCAUUGCAAGUGCCAAGGUUCAGCUGUGGACACAUUAUGAUGUUAUGGACAAUCUUCUCAUACAAGUAACGGGCAGAAAAAGAGUUGUGCUCUUCAGUCCAAAAGAGGUAGAAAACCUCUAUAUUGUUGGCGACAAAUCACAAGUAUUGGACAUUGAUAAUCCUGACCUAACACAGUUCCCUAAAUUCGCCAACGUUCAGAGAUACGAAGGGAUGUUAAAUUCAGGAGACAUUCUCUUUAUUCCAGCUCUUUGGUUUCACAAUAUCAUCUCUCUGGAGUUUGGUGUCGCGGUUAAUGUUUUCUGGAGGCAUCUUCCGAAAGAAGUUUACGAUCAUAAGGACGUGUACGGAAAUCGAGACCCACUUCCUGCGGCCAGGGCGACACAGAUCGUCGACAGAGCAUUAAAGACCCUCGAAGAAUUACCCCGAGAAUACGCAGAUUUCUAUGCAAGACUUUUGAUAGAACGCAUAAAAAGAAAGGCCUUCACAGACGAUUCUUUUACUGACAAAUCAUGAUAAUUGUGGAAAGUAGAAGUUAACUGGUAUAUAUCAAAGACCAUGGUAUGUGCCAUCCUGUCUCAAAAGUAUUAUUGUAUGUAAACUUAAUGAACCAGGUCAAGAAAAUUUGGGGUUUUUUUUUUCAUUGGAGCUAAUCUCAAGAAUUGUGGAAAAAUCUAUAGGAUUUUCAUCUUUAUGCAAGUACAAUGUACAACCUGGGAUAGUGAUGUCACAUACCAUAACUCAGGGGUGGGAAUUCUCCUCAGGUCAGCUGUUUUCCUCUCAUGGAACAUUGCGUUUCCUCACAUUUUAAUCAUCCUUUCCUCCAAAAUGUGUCAGAUGGCACAGAUUUUAACCUAGGAUUUCAAGCAUUUCCCCUCUAGAUUUCCUCUCUUUUUUACAGGUCACCAUUUCCCACUCCUGAUAACUACAUGUAGGUCACUGCAACCUACUUUUCACAAUAACUGAAACCCAUGAUGGUGGAAAUUAGAAGUUAAAAAAGUGAUAACAAAAAUAUUAAAUACUAUUCAGAAAAGAGGGGUUUACAAGCAUGAAUGAAAAUGACAGGUAAAAUAUCAACCAGAAAAAAGUGUAUUUUUCAAAAGUAAUGGGCGGAAUCUUCCCCUGAGCCAACCAAUGACUCAUGACUGGUUUAUCAAAGGCUGCAGUAUUUGCCAUCCUGUCUGCAAAAGUCUGACAAUAUUGCAUGUAAGCUUUAUUAAAAAAACAAAAACAG